AUGCCGUUCGAAUGCCCCGCGUGUAAAAAUGAAUAUAUCGAUAUUCUCGAUCAUAUUCGUAAAAAACACCCUACUGAUUCCUUUACAGAGCUUCAAUUACAGCCUAUAGGCCUUGUUCCCUGCCCUACCUGUGCUACAGCGUGUAAAGGAGCCCACGGGAUUAAGACUCAUAGCGCUAAAAUCCACGGAAUCACCGGUAGCUCUAGGGUAUCAACGCAGCACCGAAUCCAUACUACCCCCUCUGCCUCAGCACCCUUAGACGCUGAAAUCGACGAUUCUAUAGGCACCCCCUACCCUGUAAUCGAUUUCCCUCAGCUACUAGCACCCUUUCGAGCCGCUACCCCUAAGGCCAGAGCCUCUCUAGGCCUUUCAGGCUCUGAAUACCCUACAGCUCCAGGGGCUACAGGCCUGUAUAAGUCGCCUCCAGCACCUACAAGCCGAAAUCUCAGUACCCCUCCACCCCUACCAAGCCCCCCAUUCGAUAUCUACCCAGGCUUUACAGGCUCUCCGUCCCCUGUAACUUCAGCACCAAAUAGCCCUAAAUCGCCUACCUACGCCCAAGUUACCGCCACCCCUCUAGGCUCUAAGCCUUCAGCACCUACAGGCUCCAAGCACCCUACGGCUUCAGGCUCUAAGACCCCUGUACCUUCAGUACCUACAGGCUCUAAGCACCCUACGGCUCCAGGCUCCAAGUACCCCGCACCUUCAGCACCUGCAGGCUCCAAGACCCCUGCACCUUCAGCACCUACAGGCUCUAAGCACCCUACGGCUCCAGGCUCCAAGUACCCCGCACCUUCAGCACCUGCAGGCUCCAAGCACCCUACGGCUCCAGGCUCCAAGUACCCCGCACCUUCAACACCUACAGGCUCUAAGCACCCUACGCCUUCAGGCUCCAAGUACCCCGCACCUUCAGCACCUACAGGCUCUAAGACCCCUGUACCGUCAGUACCUACAGGCUCCAAGUACCCGACGGCUCUAGGCCCCGACCUCCCUACAGGCACCCGAAGGAUUCAGACCCCACGGGGUAUUUGGUACUCGAUUCCAGGGGAAGUAGACGCUAUACUCCCAGCGUACGACGGCCCUACAGGCCCUGAACCAGACUCCCUCCCAGGCUCUCGACCCCCCACGCCUACAGGCUCUACGUCACCUACAUACGCCUAA